AUGCCUACCUCCCGCCAUCAGAUCCGCCCGACUACGACUGGCUUCGCUCAUCUCGACCAAGAUUACGAUGACGACGACGCCGUGGAGCCGCAGGCCGUGCAAAGUGGCAAUCUCAAGCGUGCCAGACAACAUAGUAUUAUCCCUGGUCGGUCAGGCGAUGCAGAUGAAGAGAAUGCAGUCCCCAGAAGUACUGGCAAAGGCAAAGAAAGGCAGAGAGACGAAGAUAUGGAGGAACACGUGCAGAGUGAUGUAGAAGACGCAGUUGAUCAGGGCUUCCAGGACACGUAUGACAUGUCCGUAGACAACGAUGAUCAGCUAGAAGACGAAGAGGAGCAGCAGCGACCAGUGAGCAAGAAAGCGCGCCUGGAGAAGGGGAAUCUCAAACCGAACAAACCCCUAGCUCCCCGCGAGCGACAAGAAGUGAUGCACCUCACCCGCAUUGCGUUCACUGCGAAGAUGCUGGAGCCGAAGGCUGCUGCCAAUGACGACUUCUUCCUGAUGAUUCCGCCAGGGCAAGCCAAGCCCAGCAAGCAGACCAAAGACAACACUUAUGUGUGCUUCUAUGUCAUCGAAGGCGCCGUGAACUUCCACGUCCACCAGACUAGCGUGAUCGUCGCAAUGGGAGGUUCUUUGUACCUAAAGUACUUCAUCCAGAAGAUUUGCGAGAAGGACGCGAAGCUGUUUUGUGCGCAAGCCAGGAAGAUACCCCUGGAGAAAGUAGAUGCCACUCCAGCGCUACUGAAGCCUGGAACGUUUUCUGCGGGACGCUCGCUUGGGCCAAGGCAGAAUGGCAGGCAUUCGUCUGGCGUAGUCUCAGCUGGUAACGGAACCGAGGAGGAAGAAAGACCUCGGAGAAAUGGUAAGGUCGUUGACAAGACUGUUGAUUCGAGGAAAACUUGA